AUGUGCCUGCGGACUGGUCCUACCAGCAAGUUGAUCUGCCACUUCUGCAAUGAACAGGAUUGGUGGCAUCUAGGUCCUUCUGGAUCGGUUGCAACUUGGAACUCUUCAGGACGCCCAGAGCAUGACCCCUGGAAAAAAAAGGCUUCUCUCCUACGUCAAGUUCCUGGGGGUGAGGCUGCUUCGCGAAUACGUUGCGAUUUAGCUCACAUUUGGGCUAUUGGGGUGGGAAAAGAGUUUAUUGGAUCGGCUUUGCUACUCCUAGCGGGGGAGCUUCGAGUGUGGCCAGGGAGAUCUCUAGGAGCAAGGCUUGAUCACGCCUAUGGCUUGUUCCGCACAUGGUGUUCGAAUAGCAAGCAAACCUGCAAAAUCAAUGAGUUCAGAUUGAGAACCUUCAAGGUGACCUCGUUGCUGCAGUACCCAAGCCUCAAAGGGCAGGGUCACGAUUGCAUUGUGCUUCACAAGUGGCUCUCACAUGUUUGUGAGGAGAUUCAGCGUGAUGAUUUGGAGCCGGGUUUGAAUGUUAGGGCACUGCUGUCUUUGACAACGGUGUUUUUGAUGUGGUUUGCCCAUCCCAAAUUUCGUGACUCCGAAAGCCUGGCUACUGGCUUGGUGGCCGUGGGAAUUAUCUAUGGCUUACUGCCGAUGAUCUUUCAUCGAGAGAGUAUAGAUCCCAACUUGCUUCCGGCGGCAUCGGCCAUUCUGGCUGGCUUUGGGCUUUUUCAAUGCGACCCCUUAGGUGUGUGGACGGAUUCUGCAUGGCAUUUGUUGCUGGUGCCCUAUGUUCACUUCUGUGCGCUCUCGGCCAUUUCCCUGGAUAGCCAUGCUGGACAUUGUGCCCUUUGAUCGCGACCAUGACCUGCUGGUGGAAGGGGAAACCGGCAAUGUCCGGUAACACUGAGCUGAUUUGCUGGGGGAAAUUCCUGGGACCUGGGACCUUUCACCUGCCAUGAUUGUGGAUCGACAUCACUUAAGGAUUCCACCAACCUUUC